AUGGCACUGUUAGCCUCUGAAAAGGGUCAGCUUCAAAAUGCUCUUGCUGCAUUGGGCUACAUAGGAUACAUGCGUGUGACAACAUAUUAUACAACGAAAACAUGCAAGUCUAAUGGCUCAUGUGGAGAGUGCAGGUUGAAGCAUAAUACUCUACUACACUUCUCACAAAGGGUAUCCGACGAUCAGAAAAUUAAUAGUACAAGUGAAGGAGAAUCAUCUUUAGCUGGGGCAUUAUCAGCUACGUCAUGGGCCUCAGGGAACCGUUAUGCAUUUUUAGCCACAGCACAAGUGAUAGUUAAGGACAAGAAUGGAAUGGAGUUCAAAUGUCGUGCCGUGCUAGACAGCGGCGCUCAGGUGAAUUUUAUAUCCAAAAGGUUACAAAACGUACUCAAGGUCUCAGGAGAAAGGGUAGCAUUGCCGGUGAGCGGAAUCGGUUCAAGUAGAACACAAUCGACUACAAGGGUAGAUAUUAAGGUUUAUUCUCGAGUAUCACCAUUCCAGGUUAACAUAUCAUGCUACGUAUUACCAUCAAUUGUCAACACACUAUCUUCAAGUAUAAGACCCACGGACGGCUGGGGAAUCACCAAAAAUAUUCUUUCACAGUUAGCUGAUCCUAAUUUUGACCAGGCAGGCACCAUCGAUAUGUUAAUGGGCGCAGGGAUAUUUUUUGAAUUAUUAGAGUCAGAGAGGAUUCAACUUCAAACUGGUAAUCUCACAUUACAAUCCACAAAAUUAAGUUGGGUUAUGACUGGAGAAUUUAACGUUAAUUGCUUAGUGAGUACUGGAGCGUCAUUAAAAGACGAAUGGCGAACAAUGAAAACUGAUCAAGGACUAUUCGGCAGGUUAUCCAAGGCCAAUAAGCGUCACGCAGAAGAACAGGAAGCAGUACAACAUUUUGAAGGAACUGCUACCAGAAGAGCCGAUGGUCGAUUUGUGCUCCGUCUACCUGUAAAGCCAGAAGUUAGCCAGCUAGGAGAUAGCAUAUCUAAGGCCACGUCACGCUUUAUAAGCGUCGAAAGAAGAUUAUCACGAGAUGAACAUCUACGUACUGAGUUUGUAAAAUUCAUGACACAAUAUUAA